AUGGCACCUCGUAAGCCUACCUCCAAGCCAAAGCGCGCCCCCUCACCACCUGCCGCAAAACAGCAGGUGCACACUGCAAGUGGUCGAGAGCGGCAACCAACUGAAAAAGAGAACUACCGUUUCAGUGAAUCCCAACAUGUUGUCCAUCGCCAAGAAAUCAAGGAAACCCGGACGGCAAAACAGAAGAAGAAGGCCUUAAAGGCUGCCUACCAAGGGCAUCCUGAUGUCUUCGAGAAAGAGCCGUCAGAGCUCCUUAGCGACAUGGACAGGCAAGAAGACACAAUGUUCUCUGACCACAGUGUCGAUACAAGGUUGUCCAACACUAAUAGCCUGACAUUCAGUACAGGGAAAAUCCCUCCAAGGUUGCGCAACUCAUCCAUACCUACAACCAAAGGACCAAAAGCACCACAUAAUGUUGACGAGUCAACAGACAACAACGACGAUGACGCUGCCGACGAUGCUGACGAUGACGACGACGAACAGUUGCCUGCAGCUCGAGGGACCAAGCGAUCAUUCGAUGACAUGUCGUAUGAAGAUACCAUGGUGCCAAAGGUCAAGAAAAACGCUGAUGGUUCGCGUCGACGCAUGAAAGCCAGCGACUUUGACGAAAUCUUGAAAGAGAUUCUCAUAACUGCUUGCUCCGUUUAUCGGUGUCUCAUCGUCACACAGGCACCUUUUCCGGAUUCCAUUGCAGCUGAGACAAAACUGGCGAAAGAGGCCUGGCAUGAGGCAUGUCAACUCAAAGGUGUUGACGUCAAACUGACCCCUUCGGUGGUGAACAUGCUGUUGAAACGCGCUUCACACGUGCGAGGCGAACUCAAGACGAAGAUGCGUCCGCUCACAGCUUCAUUUCAUGGCUUCCGCUCAAGUAAUUCUAUGGAGGUGAUAAGGUCAAACCAAGAUCUCGCAGAGAGAUUGAAAAUUGGCUCGAUCUUUGUUUUCAAGGACCCGUCAUCAAAGUCAGGCAUCUACAAGACCGAGUUGCUUCAACAGGGUAUCAACAGCAUGUGGUUCUUGAACCGAAGUGACGAGGGUGUCGUCUACCACAAAUACUUCGACCCCAUCCCUAUCAAAACUAUUGUGCUCGUGCUUACGGCUAUAGAAUGUUGUGUUGAUGAGUGGUCGCAAGGCAUCAAAGAGGACAUCAAGUUCACAUCUGCUGGUUAUGGGACCGUCUACAACCACCAUUUCAGCUCACUGCAACGCUUUGAUGAGCGCACUGCGCCUUACAAACUCCUCUCAAAAAUUCGUAUCAAUCUGCAUGAUACAGCGCGCUUCCACGCAGGUGUCGCAUCACUCAUUCCAUUGUCGGCUACAUCCCAGGCCCACAUCGACGACGCAGCGUUUGAAGACGCUAUUCGAGAGUACCAGCGUGAGGGGAAGGAUGCGGCAGUCGAGGAUGAGGUCGAGGAGUAUGAGUAUCCUAGUAGCGAGGGUGGGGAUGAUGAAUAG